GGCCCAACAUCAACGAGGCCCACCACUUUCUCCUGUCCUUCCUUCCUUCCUUCCAUCCCUUCUCCGGCCGCCACUCAACGGGGAUGGACGACAAGGCGAGGCAACUCAUUGCUCGCCUCGCCGCCGCCCCGGACUCCGCCGUCCCACACCUCCCCUUCCUCCACCGUGCCCUCACCCUUCCCAUCCUCUCCGCCGCCUCCGCCGUCCUCCGCCUCUCCCUGCUCCUCUCCUCAUCCCGAUUCCGCCCGCGACGCACCCUCCCCGUGCCCGUUGUCAGCGUCGGCAAUCUCACCUGGGCCGGUAAUGGCAAGACCCCUAUGGUCGACUUCUUGGCCCGCAGCUUCCACCGCCUCGGCAUCUCGCCCCUCCUCCUAACAAGGGGUUAUGCAGGCGGCGAUGAGCCAAAGAUGCUCCGGAGGCGCCUUUCCGAUACUUCAGCCAAGAUUGGGAUCGGCGCAAAUAGAGCAGCCGUGGCUUCUUCCAUGCUGAAAAAAUAUGGCUACAUCCAUCAUUCUUACACUUUCUGCACUGAGAAGAAUCAUUCAUCAACCUGCAACCUGGAAUCUGGCAAAAUUGGAGUAGCCAUACUAGAUGACGGCAUGCAGCAUUGGAGCUUGCUUCGAGAUGUCGAGAUUGUGAUGGUUAAUGGGUUGACACCGUGGGGGAACACUCAUUUCAUACCACGAGGACCCAUGAGAGAACCUUUGAGCGCACUUGGUCGAGCUGAUAUUGUGGUCAUUCAUAAUGCUGACCUGGCUUCUGACAUGCAACUUAAAGCUAUUAAGUCUACUCUUGAGGAUAAUGGCGCGACAUGCUCAGUGUUCUACAGUCGAUUGACUCCAUCACAUAUUUUUGAAGUUAACCAUCCAUUACAGAGACUUCCUCUUAACGUGUUGAAUGAUAAGAUUGUGCUAUGUGUUUCUGCAAUUGGCUGCCCAGAUGCUUUCAUUCAUACAGUCAGGGAGAUUGGUCCACUCAAAAUUGACAGGCUGGAUUUUAGUGAUCACCAUUUCUUCAAUGCUCAUGACCUAAAAAUAAUCCAGGAAACAGUGAGGAAUCUCGUGGAUCAGCAUAACAAAGAUACCAUUGUCUUAGUUACUGAGAAGGAUUAUGACCGUGAUCCUGAGGCCCUUAGAACACUGGAUGCAAAGGUUUGGGUGCUGUCUUCUUCUUUGCAGAUUAUGCCUCACAAGGAACAGGGACAAGAUGAAUUUAUGAGGAGAGUUAAGGAGAUCAUCGCAGUUACUGGGCGUGGAAAGUUACGUACGGUAGAUGGAGCCACGAGUUGCUGAUUGGUGUCGUGUCGUUAGAUAUAUUCUAUUCUAGUAGCUGAAAACAUGUAAAAGCAAAACAGUUUCGGCAGUAGGGUCUGCUACUCCAGCUAGUACCAUGUUGGAUAUGAACAUUAGCAUGCAGGAUGUAGUUUUUCUUGCAAUUGGAAUUGGGUCAGUGAACUGAAAUCGUAAGUUAACCUGAACCGGAGGAUCCAACAGAGAGUGAUGUGGUACCUUCUCGAUCGUCUGCUACAAUAUAUAGCUGCUCCUACUGCCCUUGCGUU